UCGAAGGCGACCGAUACUUAUCGAUAGUGCUGUCGAUAUUGUUCAUCUCCUGGUAGGCACGAUUUCGCGUACAGUGUUUCGUGAAAUUCUCUUCAACGUACAAUGUCAAGUUACAACUUAAAGGACAAAGAAGAGGUGAAGGAGUACUUAAAGAACUUACACAUCGAAUACCAGUUUGGCUGUUACAGUGAGAAAAAACCAGAAGUGUGCCAUCUACUGGGUGAUUAUUACGAAGCGAUAAAUGAAGAUAUAAAAAAGGCCGCUUCGUUGUUCAAGAUGAAUUGUGACAACUACAAUUACGGCAGAAGCUGUGCGAAAUACGGCGAUUUUCUGGCGGUCGGCAAAGGUUGCAAGCAGAACGUGCCGUUGGCGUACGAGUACAUGUCGAAGGGCUGCGAAUUAAAUGACGAAAAUGGCUGUUUGCAUGCCGGUAUGUUAGGAACAUCCAAUCACGACGUGGGAAAGAAAGACAGAGCCACGCAGGUUCAAGCGGGCGUCGAGCAACUGAAAAAAGCCUGCGACGUGUAUAACUCAGAUACGGCAUGUUUCUAUCUCUCGGGCAUGUAUCUAGCCGGCAAGGAGGGCAUAAUCAACAAGAACUUCAAGGAAGCGUACAAGCUGUCGUUGAAGAGCUGCGAGUUCGGCAAUCCGUAUGCCUGCGCGAAUCUGUCGCAGAUGCACGCACGCGGGGACGGCGUGCAGAAGAACGACGCGCUCGCCAAGACUUUCAAAAAACGUGCUAUAAAAUUGCACGAAGAGUUAAAGACGAUACAAACAGAAGUGAAGUUUCAUCAAGGCGUAAGUUCAUCGCGAGAAUUACUCAUUAUCGAUUAUCUCAUUUCACUCUCUCCCUCUCUCCGGAUAUCCCCCAUCGUUGCUUUUCGCCCCUCCCACUCCCGCGUUUUUCGCUGUUUGCCGAUGCCUAUCGGUCGCAACGAGUUUAAGAGUGCCUUCUCUCCGGUUUAUUCGUUAACGAGCGACACAACCAUGCGGUACUACCUGUUCAACUCGCGCGCCUGGCUGGUGGUUGCCGCCUUUGUUGCACUUACUUGUCACAGCAACCUGGUCAAUACACAAUCUCAGGAGAGAAACAUCGUGAACGUAGAUGUUUACUACGAGGCCUUAUGUGGUGACAGUAAGCGAUUUAUUACAACUCAGCUAGCACCGUCGUAUGGACAAUUGAAGGACUAUAUCCACAUCACGUUUAUUCCUUACGGUAAAGCUACGCACACACGCGAAAGCACAACCACUCCGUGGCAGUUCCAGUGUCAACAUGGGCCUGCCGAAUGUCGCGGCAAUAAGGCCCAAUCGUGCGCAAUCAAUGCGAUAAAAUCUUCCGAGAACAUCGAAAAUCAGGAAGAAAUGCUGGUCAGCUUGGUAAAUUGUGCAAUGUCCAGUAGAAACCCGCCGACCGCGGUGCCGCAGUGCGCUCAAAAUGCCGGCGUAAGCGAAGAAACGAGGAGCGCAAUUGACAACUGCAUUGAAAGCUCAUUGGGAGAUGAUUUGCUCGCUGAGAACGGCGAUAAGACGGCAGCUCUCAGCCCACGGUUGAAAUUCGUCCCGACGAUAGUGAUCAACGGGGUGUACUCCGAGCGGAAUCAAAACGAGGCGUUACGCAACUUCCCCGGGUUGAUUUGUCGAUAUUUGACGGAGAGUCCAGCCGCGUGCAGCAGCAGCGUAAAUUGAAGAGGAAUCGCGAGAGAAAGAAGAAACGAGACAGUAAGUCGCGCGAGCGGAAGGUGCGGGGAAAAAUAAUCGCUCGCGUU